AUUGUUUCCCUAAUUCGGACGCCAAUCAGCGGAAGGUGCCGACAUCCAUUUCAUCUGCCAUUUUUCAUGCCGAUACUUGGCACGAUCUACGUUCUACGUACGGACAGGAACUUGCUUGCAAUCCCCACCUAGGCAGAUACCAGUGGUUCAGCUUCCAUCUGAGUGGUACCAGGACCUUAGUAAACUUCUUCCCAGCAAACAGCCUUGCAACCGCAUGCCUGGGUCAAUGUUGUCCCCGUCCAAAGGUGCCGCCUUGUACAUGAAUGGGGUACAUUACAACGGAACGAUGCCGACGGGGCCACAGGCGGGUAAGGGGUUUGUUUUUGUGACUGCGGACGCCCAUGGUCAGCCGGCUGCUGGAGACCGUAAGCUCAUACGGAGUCAUGUCAUGCGGGGGAAGAAUACUCGUACACGAACUCCUCCUGAUCGAUUGAAGGGCCGUGUCCCUGCUACCGCUGUAGAAAGCCAACGGUCGCAGCAUGCUGCAGGAGGCAAUGAUUCAUCCGAAGAGUCCCACGGAGCUCGGACACGACAUGAGUUGCUCAACUCUGACGUGGAUGCUCUGGCCCGAAUCAGACAUCCAGGCAUGGUCCCCCGUGCCGCCAACGUCUUCACUUUCAUCAAGUUCCCUGAAGACAUCGAUAGUAGUUCGCGCAGCUUGCUAUGCACAUACUUUUCGUACUUGAAAGAUACAAUGUACCCGAUUGGGAGGUACUCCCGCUCUGACGCUACCAAUCCAUACUGGUUUCACUGGACCCAGCUCGACUUGGCCUACCUACACUCCAUCCUUUAUACGACGUCUUUUUUUUACGAUAGUUUGAAAGGUCAGAAGAGUAAGAGAACGGAAUUCCACUCAUAUAGGACGAUUCACGAGCUCAAUAAGCAACUGGCUGAUCCGACAACUGCACUGACCGACUCGACAAUCACUGUCGUCAUGGGGAUGGCCUUGAUCGCGGAGUGCUUUGGAGACGUAGAGUCCGCACACAUGCACGUCAUGGGUCUCAAGCAAAUUGUUGGCCUGCGCGGUGGCAUAGAAUCGUUUGCAAAUAAGCCUCAGCUUCAAGCCAAACUUUACCGAACUGGUUUAGUCUACAGCAUCUGUACCGGCGCGAAUCCAGUCUUUCACCAAGAUAAUACAUCUUUCGAGUCAGCUUUCGACAGUUCACCUGAACUCACCCGGCUCAAGCCAUCGGACGCGUCCUGCUUCUCCCGCUCGCGCUGUGUGGUACAAGCUUUAGGAAGGAGGCUCUACAGCAUCUUCAAGGAUGUCCAGGGCCUCUCACAGCUCAUCAAUGAUAGCCACAAUUCCGGUCAAAAGAUACGGGAGAUGUCUCUCGAGGAGCUCAUGACAUCGAUUCAAUCCCGGCUGCUUCUGCUCGAAUUUAAUGAUAACAAUGUUCUCCCAGAGCUUCUCCGGUUGUCACUUCUCGCUUUCUUGACAACCGUCUUCUGGAGUUUCCCUGGUGUCAAAUUCGAGUACCCGCAUCUGGCCAACCAACUCCGACAAGCUUGUCUGGCCUUCACGCCCACCACGGCUGGAGAGAGCUAUCUCUUCGCCUGGGCCUUGAUGGUGGGGGCGACGUCUGUGUUCCACGACCCUGAUCAGACCUGGCUUCCUCAAAGACUGCGCCCUCUGAUUCGAGACAACCUAGGGAGGACGUGGUUCGAAGUACAGAAUAAUCUGAGGCGAGUCAUGUGGAUCGAUAGUAUUCAUGGCGGCCCCGGGAUAGAGGUCUUCAACCAGUGUUUUGGGGAAACUGGGGACGGGAGUAUCACUGUUCGAAGCAACUCUCUAUAUUGCUGACAGCCAGAGGUGGGACACAAUACCCCUGCGGCGCCAACGCGUUCGACACCAGCGGAACUCAUACCUAUGUUAUGGAUUGCAACCGAGAUGCCUCUGGACGGUUCGUUGCCGUAUGACGGGCUCAACUAAGAGCCCAAUGCUCGUGUUAGACCGCAUAGGAAAUUUAUUUCUGCCGGUUUAUGAAUUUUCCAUUCUCCUAUCAUAUGAUUCUAACUGCUAGACACC